GGUUCUUCCUCCACUAGUUGAUACUUCAAGGGGGUUUUACCUGUAAUGAAAGAAUAAAAAUGGAUUCAUGAAGGUUUAAUUACUGAAUCGCUUCCCAACGGCAUGUUCCGGGUUCGUUUAGAUAAUGAAGAUAUGAUUCUAGGUUAUGUUUCAGGAAAGAUCCGACGUAGUUUUAUACGGAUACUGCCAGGAGAUAGAGUCAAAAUUGAAGUAAGUCGUUAUGAUUCAACCAGAGGUCGUAUAAUUUUUCGACUCCGAAACAAAGAUUCGAAAGAUUAGGUGUUUUUUCAACUUCACUAUUUAUUUCGUAGGAAUACGAUUCAAAAUAAAAAAUUUCAAGAAACUUAUUUUCUUCCAAAAAGUGGAUUCAAAAUUAAAGUAAGGAGUGGGAAAUAUGAAAAUAAGAGCUUCUGUUCGUAAAAUUUGUGAAAAAUGUCGACUAAUCCGUCGUCGGGGACGAAUUAGAGUAAUUUGUUCCAACCCAAGACAUAAACAAAGACAAGGAUAAUCAGCCUUGUUAAAGACCCGAUAUAAAAAUAAGAAGGGGAUAUGUUUUGACAUGAAAUGGAUAUAUCCAUAUAUCUCUGACUCAAAUUUAUGAGAUGAUAAAAUAUGGCAAAAGUUAUACCGAAAAAAGGUUCACGUGGACGUAUUGGUUCACGUAAGAGUACACAUAAAAUACCAAAGGGGGUUAUUCAUAUUCAAGCAAGUUUCAAUAAUACCAUUGUGACUGUUACAGAUGUACGGGGGCGAGUGGUUUCUUGGUCCUCUGCCGGUACUUCUGGCUUCCGAGGUACAAAAAGAGGGACGCCAUUUGUUGCUCAAACCGCAGCAGGACAUGCUAUUCGUGCAGUAGUAGAUCAAGGUAUGCAACGAGCAGAAGUCAUGAUUAAAGGUCCCGGUCUCGGAAGAGACGCAGCAUUACGAGCUAUUCGUAGAAGUGGUAUACUAUUAACUUUCGUACGGGAUGUAACCCCUAUGCCACAUAAUGGCUGUAGACCCCCGAAAAAAAGACGUGUGUAGAAAUAAAAAUUGAAGAUAUUUCAAUAGCAAGAGAAACAAAGGAAGAGAAACAAGAGAAAUAAAUGAUUCAAUGAUCUGAUCAAAUAAUAUUAUUAUGGUUCAAGAGAAAAUAACAGUAUCUACUC